AUGGCGGCUCCGGAAGCGGCGGGCGACACGACGGCGACGCUGCUGCGGGUGCUGGAGGCCCUAUACCAGACGACGGACCGAUCCACGCGGCGAGAGGCCAGCAAAUGGCUCGAGGCGUUUCAGCAGAGCAUGGACGCGUGGCAGAUAUCGGACCGGCUGCUGCACGAUGAGAGCAGCAGCAUGGAGGUCAGAUACUUCUGCGCACAGACUCUGCGAACCAAGGUUCAAAGAGACUUUGAGGAGCUCCCUCAAGGUUCAACGCCUUCCUUGCGUGCCUCACUCCUUGGGCUGCUAGCCAAGUUCAGAAACGGGCCAGCCGCAGUGCGCACUCAGCUGUGUCUGGCGAUUGCGGCGCUAGCAGCGCACACGCCAGCAGGAGAGUGGGGGGAAGGAGGCGUGGUGUACUGGCUGCGGCAGCAGCUGGCAGCACAGCCGGAAUCUGCUCCUGCUUUGCUGGAACUACUGACUGUAGUCGUGCAGGAGGUGGGAGCACACAAGCUGGCAGUGCGGCCGGAGAGGAGGAGGCAGUUCUCAGCAGAGCUGGUGGCGUGUGCACCGGACGUGCUCACCCUCCUCGCUGCCUGCCAUGCCGCGCACCCCUCUGAUCCCGCCACUACUGAGGCAGCACUACAUGCGUUCACGGCCUGGCUGCGCUUCAGCAACGGUCUAUCUGCUGCGACUCUCAUGGCGCAUCCACUCGUUCCUGUUGCCUUGGAGGGCUUGCAAUCCGCAGACAUGUUUGAGCCGUCAGUUGAAGCCGUGUGUGAGCUGAUCCGCUUCUCAGUCUCUGGCGGUCCGGCGGCAUUGGCAGCGAACAUGCAGCUGGUGCAGCUGAUAGUGCCGCGCAUCAUGGCGCUGCUGCCACGCUUCUCUGCUGCGCUCAAAGUGGUGCAGGCGCAUCAGCAGGGGCAGACAGACGCGGAGCCAGAGGAGGACGAGGACACGAUGAAGGCCAUGGCGCGACUGUUUGCAGAAAUCGGCGAGGCAUAUGUGGACCUGAUUGCCAGCGGGUCGCCUGAGUCGAUGAUGAUAGCAGAGGCGCUGGUGCAAGUGACUUCGCACCCAGACUUUGACAUCGCAUCCACCACUUUCAACUUCUGGCAUGCGCUCGGCUCUCACCUCACCACGCGGCCGCGGCAUGAGGAGAACGUGGCAUCGGAUGCAGCAGCGCAUGCAGAAAGGGAGAGGCGGCUUGCGCUCUUCAAACCCAUCUUUGAACUCCUUGUAUCCCUGGUGAGCUUCAGAGUGCGGUACCCCCCUGGCCACGAGAACUGGCGUAGUGAUGAGAAGGCAGACUUCAAGCAAACACGCUACGCUGUGGCUGAUGUGUUGACAGAUGUUCUGUACGUGCUGGGUGGAGAGAGAUUGCUACAGCUGCUUGCUCAACCUCUCUUCCAGAUAGCAGAGGGAGCAGCACGGGGGCAGGAGUACGACUGGAGGGCCUUGGAGGCAUCACUGUACUGCAUCCGAGCCAUUGCGGGCUCGCACCUGCUGCGCGAGCAAACCAUCUUGCCCCAGCUCAUGGCACUGCUACCCAUGCUGCCCCCUCAGCCUCAGUUAUUGUACACUGCGUCGCUGACCAUAGCGGCCUACUGUGACUGGAUAGCAGCUGCGCCCAACGCGCCCUCGAUGCUGCCCCCACUGCUCACUCUCCUCACCAACGCGCUGGGAGCUGGCGAGGAUGCUGCUCCCGCUGCAGCCCUCGCACUGAAACACAUCUGCGAUGCGUCACGGCAGCACCUGCUGUCAUCGAUUGAUCCGCUGCUACAGCUGUACAACCGAGUAAUGGUGUCGGAUGCUGCUCUGGCUCUGCAGCCAGAGGACGAGCUCCAGAUCGUGGAAGCACUCAGUGUGGUGGUGAGUGUGCUACCACCAGACCAGUGCCCCAAGGCAGUCUCCGCGCUGUUGCAGCCUCUCACUGCAGCACUUCAGCAAGUGGUGACAGCAGCAGCGCAGGCACCAGGAGGGCCCGCAUCCAUGCCAGCAGCGCAAUAUGUGGUGCAUAUAGACAGAAUCGCCAACAUUUUCAGAUACGUCAGUCAGAACCAGCCUUUAGCAGACGCCUUUCAACAACUAUGGCCUCUCUUCCAGGCUGUCUUCGCUCAAAAGCCCACAGACAUGCGAGUCAUGGAAAGGCUAUGUCGAGCAUGCAAAUACGCGAUUCGGGGAGGGAAAACGGCCAUGGCGCCAGUGCUAGCGCCUCUCCUGCAGGAGCUGCAGGUGCAAUACGAGCAGCACCAGCAACCAUGCCUGCUAUACGUGGCCAGUGAAAUCAUCAAGGUGUUUGGUUUGGACGUAAACUGUGCAGCGUACCUGCAGCAGCUCAUCGCAGUGCUAUUCGCCCGCACCACCGCGUCCCUGCAAUCCCUUGACGACUUCACAUUGAAACCGGAUGUGGCGGACGAUUGCUUCCUCCUUGCAUCGCGCUGCAUGCGGUACUGCGGGCAUCUGUUUGUGCCCACACCAGCCUUCCUUGCGGUGCUCGACAGUGCUCUCGCAGGCCUGCUCGUGCAGCACAGGGAGGCGUGCAAGUCGGUUCUCAGUUUCCUCAAGGACGUGCUAGACUUCCCGUUCUCGGAGCGCGGCCGUCCCUUCCGCGCCAACAUAGAGGCCGCCGUGGGCCCGCGUGGCCCCACUCUCUGCCGCCUGCUGCUCGCCGCUGCCACUGGCGGGCUGCCCGAGUCUCGCAAUGAUGAGGGGCCCACGCACUGCCGCCUGCUGCUCGCCGCUGCUACUGGCGGCCUGUGCGAGUCUGGCAAUGGGCGCACGCUUUGCUGGUGGCUGAUGCUAAAAAUGUCCCGUUUGUUAUUCUGCUUGCAGGUGGUUGAUCUCCUGGUGGCGUUGCAAGUGUGUUGUGGGGGGAAUGUCUUGCAAUGGCUGCAAGCCAUUCUCGACGCCAUCCCUGCUGCUGCUGCCUCGCAUGCCGAGAGGAUGGCUCUACUGCAGGCGAUUGUAGCAGCUGGCAAUGCGUCAACACCACGCGACGCCACCAAUCAUGUGCUGCCAGCUGUGGACGAUUUGUCAGGCUCUUGUCGGCGGUCAAAGCGCGUGCUAGAUGCAGUGCAGCAGGCUCUGCUAGGGGGUAAGGUCGCUGGGAGCGUUUCCGUUUCGUACCUUUCGAGCUCUUGCUUCGGCGUGCAAGUCCGUCCUUACAACAUCCGCGGUACAGGUGCAAGCAGCAGAUGUUGGAAGCCGCUGCUUGUCCAGUCAGCGGCAGAGCCAGAGAAAUUCUUCCGAGACCUGUCUGAAGCUGCGCAGAAGAAGGCGAGGGAGGCUAAGUCAAAGGUCGAAAGCUUUGCUCGUGAAAACGAUCUUGAGAAAAAAAUCAAGAAAGCUGCUAAGAGCGCUGCUAGUCGUUUGGAAGAGUUAUCUUUUGAGGCGGAGAGGUAUGCGACAAACAUUGACAGGCGAUAUGGCGUGAAGGAGAAGGCGAAUGAGGUUCUAGGAGGUGCGGCGAAUCAGCUUCGGGAAGUGGACGAGAGGCUUCGUGUACGACAGAGGUUUCGUGCAGCGUCUCAAGAUCUGAAGCAGAAAUGGCCCAAGUAUGAGCGCCAGCUGAAUGAGUUCAGGGAGACGCCUAUUGGGCAGGCUGUCUUCGUAAGCGUAGUCGAGCACUUUGCGCCAGUCAUGACUUCCGCUGCUACAGCUUCCGCGCUCAUCCACGCACCUGCUUGCGCCGCCGCAGCAUCUCCAUUCCCCAUGGCCGCCUCCGCCGCCAGUUCCGCCGCAACUUCCUCGGCUGCCCGUUACUUCUCCGCAUCCUUCGCGCGCCCUUCCAGCCUCUCCUAUCGCUCUUCCGCCCCCCUGUCCGCAAGUCUCUCCGCGUCUUCCGCCAUCGCCAGUACCUCCGCCAUCUCCGCAUCCUUCCGCAGUUCCGCGUAUGCGCCUCUCUCCGCGUCUCAUUCUUCCUUUCGCCAUGUCAGCGCGUCGGCCGCGUCGACCCCUGAAUCGGGUCCUGCGGAGUCGGAGGAAGUUAAAGCCACCGGCACUUCCGGAAGCGUAGACUCCGACACGGACGCGUUUUCGGAAACCGAAACCGUUUCCGCGACUAACGGGGCGGCUAGUAACGGGGUAGCGGCGAGCACCAGCAGCGCGACUAGCAGCGCGAGCAUCGCGAGCGGCGAAGGCGGCGCGAGCGGCGAUGUAGCGGUGCCGAUCGAGCUUGAGUAUGUGCCGCUGGCGGGGUUCCGGAAGCUCGGCGCGCAGCUGAAGAUGCUUGUGGAGUGGCCGUGGCGACGCGUUAAGAAGAACUCGGUUCUGUACAUGCGACUCAAGGGCAAUAUUCCCGAGAUGGUUGGGUCCUCCUUCUCCCCGUCGCUCUCCCUCCCCGCGAUUUGCGACAACCUACGCAAGGCAGCCGUGGAUCCACGUGUCUCCGCGCUGCUGCUCCACGUGGACCCGCUGCAGUGCGGCUGGGGCAAGCUGCAGGAGAUUGCUCGCCACGUGGCGCACUUUCGCAAGUCAGGCAAGCCUUGUAUCGCGUACAUGACGGUGGGCGGAGAGCAAGAGUACUUUAUUGCGUCCGCGUGCGAGGAGAUCUACGCUCCCCCCGGCGCUUACCUCUCCCUGCGCGGACUGGCCGUGCAGGGGCAGUUCCUUGGGGGCGUGUUGCAGAAGGCGGGAGUGCAGCCACAAAUCAAGCGCAUCGGCAAGUACAAGAGCGCGGGCGACCAGCUGGCACGGUCAGACAUGAGCGAGCCCAACCGCGAGAUGCUCACCGCUAUUCUCGACGACUUCUACUCCACGUGGACCGCUGCCGUGGCUGAGAACAGAGGGGUGGGGCAGGAGGCAGUGCAGCAGCUGCUGCAGGACGGAGUACAGGAGGUGGAGGAGCUCAAGAGCAGGGGAUUCCUCACUGACGUCAUCUACGGCAUCCAGGUGGAGGAGCUGUUGAAGGAGCGGCUGGGGCAGGACAAGGAGAAGCCUCUGCAAUCCGUGGACGCCAAGAAGUACGGAAAAGUAUCACCCUCGACCGUGGGGCUGGGCGGGAAGGAGCGCAUCGCAGUGCUGCGUGCAGUGGGGGCGAUAUCGCAGGGCAAGGAGCGUGGCGGGGGCAUGGGAGGGGGCGGCGUGAAGAGCGAGAGCAUCAUUGAGAAGCUGCGGAUGGUGAAGGAGAACAAGCAGUUCAAAGCACUCGUGCUGCGGAUUGACAGUCCGGGAGGGGACGCCCUUGCAUCUGACCUCAUGUGGAAUGAGAUCCAAGAGCUGGCCAAGGUGAAGCCAGUGGUGGCGUGCAUGUCGGACGUGGCAGCCAGCGGCGGGUACUACAUGGCCAUGGCUGCUCCUCACAUCGUCGCCGAGCCCCUCACGCUCACCGGAUCCAUUGGUGUCGUCACAGGCAAGUUCAGUCUGGGGGAGCUGUACGGGCGCAUAGGCUUCAACAAGGAGAUCAUCUCACGCGGCCGAUUCGCAGAGCUUAAUGCGGAUCAGCGCCCCUUCACCCCUGACGAGGAGGAGUACUUUGCCAAGGGGGCCAAGAUUGCAUACCAGCGCUUCAGGAACAAGGCAGCCUUGUCUCGCUCCAUGCAGGAGGAGGAUAUGGAGGCAGUGGCACAGGGAAGAGUCUGGACAGGCCAGGCUGCCCACAAGGCCAACCUAGUGGAUUCUCUCGGAGGCUUCUGGUCCGCUGUGCAGGUCGCCAAAUCUAAGGCUGGCAUCGACCCAUCUCAACGCGUGCGCAUUGUCGAGCUCUCGCGAUCUCAGCCGUCCAUCACCGCUCUGCUGUCAGGAGGUGCCCAGUCGGUCCUCUCCCUGUCUGGCUUCUUCGGCCCCAAGGCUCGCGUCGAGGCUCUCUGUUCCCUUGCCGCGGAUAUGUUGCUUUCUCCGAGCCUGGGAGCUAGCUUCGGCGCCAGCCUCGGCAGCAGUGGCACCAGCUUCGCCAACUUGCUUUCUGGGGGAAUGGAUGCAAUGAGUGGCGUCCUCGUUACAGGCAGCUCCGGUGCAGUGAACAGCAGCCUGAACACUGUGGGUGUACAAGCAGUCAUGGAAGGAGAUAUCGCUGUUCGGGGAAGCGGCAGUGAGACAGCAACAGCUAUUUACAGCGGCGCUGGUGGUUCGGCUGGCCUAGCCGAGCUGGCUGUGCUGCUAUCCCCUGCUGCAGCCGCACUAGGGAGUGCACUGGGCCAGGGCACUGGCAAUGUGGAAGAAGGGAGGAGUGUAGCAGUCACUGAAGAUGAUUCUGUAGAUGUGCAGUAA